CUCAACGCUCUCCGAUCUCUUUGGCGGCUAGACGCUCCAUUCAGCAACUCUGGCUCACCCAUUCUUAAUACACCCUUGCCGCGCCUAACCGCCUCUCGUGCCCGUUGCACCUUCGCAACCCUUGGCUGCGCUCGCUCAUGUGGUGCAGCCCGUCGCCCAAUCCCGCGAGCCCAUGCUCUUGACGCCCCCGGUGGUGCUGCAGUUUCGCUUGACCCGGCCGCACUCAUAAACACGCACACACGACCGCGCCAAAGACGCCGUUGACGCUUCAGGGGCCAAGGUCCAACAUCGCCGAGCGCUCUCAGGGACCUCGCCCGCCGCGGAACUUCAUCUCGGUCCGACUGUCCGCAUCCCAAGUCGAAAGAGGGGGGGGCUUCAGGGACUCAAAGACGGAGGAAGCAGGCGCUCUCCAAGAUUGCCAGCGCGGCGCUUUGGCAUCACAAUGAACGGAUACUCAGGGACCCUGGCACCCCCGGGCGGCAUGUACGUGAGGGCGCUGUACGACUACGACGCAGACGACCGGACAAGCUUGAGCUUCCGACAGGGCGACAUAAUACAAGUCAUUACGCAGCUUGAGAGCGGCUGGUGGGAUGGCGUGAUAAACGGAGUGCGCGGCUGGUUCCCCAGCAACUACUGCGCCGUUGUGCAGCGACCAUCCGACGCCGGAGGAGAAGAAAGCAGUGCGGACGAAGGAGAUGGCGGCACUGUGGAUGGUUCGCAAGGAGGAGAUCUCGGGAGCUUCUCUGAAGCUUCUGAUACCGACGACGAUGGUGGGUUCUCGGGGCUGUCUCAUGGCGGCAUGGACAAGGAAGAUCAGGAGGAGGCGGCUUUCUGGAUCCCCCAAGCGACACCGGACGGAAGACUCUUUUAUUUCAACACGCUGACCGGCGUGAGCACCAUGGAAUUGCCCUUGGAGACGCCGGGGUCCAUGUCAGAGAACGGACCGCGGGACCGUACCAACAUCUUCAUGCCCGAGUCGACUCGGCCGCCGGCGGAGCUCAUGGCAGGAGGCUGGAAUAUGUACAACGACACAGACGACGAGAACUCGGCCUCGGACGCCGAAGGCCCGUCUGGAAUGUCAGCAUCUCAUGGUUCUUUGCCAAGACGAAGGCUGUCCAAUGGUGUUUCUCCCGCAACGUCGAUGGACUCAAUCAGCUCACCGUUGACACGUUCGCGAUCUGACCUCCACGAGCACCUCAAUCCCACCUACAACAUGGCAGGAAUGCAGUCAUUCGGCAAUAGCAUGACUUCAUUCCCCAACAACCCGCUCAGCAAUUCGAUGACCUCCAUGUCCCGGCAGUUCUUCGAUGACGCUCAUGCAGUACCUCUCACAUGGAACAGGAUGGUGGAGGACAUGCGCCGGUCCGUUGAACGGUACCGUCAAGCCAUCAACAACAGCGAUCGUUCAGAAUUUGUCAAGCGCGCGGAAGACAUUUCGGACCACUUGCGCUUGCUGCUUGCUGCUGGUUCUGGCACUACAGACAACCAUUCCGGCAACCCCUCCAUCAUCUCAACAAACAAGGCGCUUUAUCCUCACUUCCGUGAAACAAUGUCCAGAUUCUCCAAAUUGGUCCUCUCCUCGCAUAUUGCAGCAGCCGACUGGCCCCCACCCGACUCGUAUACCAAGUGUUUGAAAGAGGCAGACGGAGUACUGAAUGGUGUAUAUGGGUUUGUUGAAGUUGCGCGCCAGCAGCGCGGCGAGGACAUUCCCCGUCUUAUCCCAGGCUUCGUGGUCGGUAGCUACUCGGGCGGUAGCUGGCAGAACAACGGUCUUAGCACCCGGGAUCCGACGGACCCCAUGUUUUUCGAUCAGGACGAUUACGAUGAACCGAGUACCCGACUAGACGACAAGCUUAUCGAACGGUUGGAAGAUCUGAAAAAGCUCAUUGUCGCAAGCAUCAGAAAAUUGGAGGAGCGCUUGAUACUUCAAGAGAAGAUGGUCACUCCAGUGGUCCAUCAGUUGUUAGGAGAGCGCGUCUGCAAAGCAGGUGUAAAGGUGAUUGAGAUCUACCGCCCCUGGAUGUCUACUGUCGAGUCUAUCAACCUGGCGCCUUUGGGAUCGACUUUUCAGAACCCUCAAAUUGCCGAUCUGAGUGUGGCCAAGCAAAAGGUCUAUGACCUCCUCUCCGAGCUAGUCAUAGCCUGUCAGACUGUAGCCGCACCUCUUGGUGAUGAAUGGGCCGCCAACCGCGGAGACGCUCUGGAGGAUCGCAUCACGACUGUGCAAAUUGUCGCUAAAGAUCUCGAGUCAAACACAUCAAAGCUGUACUUUGCCCUGCAGUUGCUAUCAGACAUUAUGCCUGUGGAGGUCGGUUCUGGCUCUACGCUGGACAGCAAGCGAUUCACCGAAGGCGACCUUUAUAACCAGUACCAGAGAUCUGGUUCGCAACAAUGGUCGAGGCCUCUGCUCGGAUCUAUGCCCCAAUCAGCAUCAUAUGGUCCCAGCUCGACAAAGGAUCCCGACAUGCCGGAACUUCCCAGAGGCGGAGACAACUCCAAGCUCAAGAAAUUCUUCGGAGAAGUCCCCGCGCCUGUUUUGCCGCAGGUCAUUGCAGAGGAGAUACCAGAAUUCCUCCAGUUGGACCACGAAGGCGAAAUAUCGUACGACUUCAAACCCAAUCCACCGCAGCUCAAGGGAGGCACACUGGCCGGCUUGGUCGAACAGCUUACCCGUCACGACCGUCUCGACUCGCCUUUCAACAAUACUUUCUUACUCACAUUCCGCUCAUUCACUUCUGCUGAUGAGUUGUUCGAGAUGCUCGUAAAGAGGUGGAGCAUCCAGCCGCCCGCGGGUCUGUCGAGGGAUGACUAUAAGCUCUGGGUAGACAAGAAGCAGAAGCCCAUUCGAUUCCGUGUCGUCAAUAUUCUUAAAAGUUGGUUCGAUAACUAUUGGAUGGAGGGUAAUGACGAAGAUGCUCAGGCUCUUAUCCAGAGAGUGUAUUCUUUCGCCAAGGAUCAUGUUGCCACCACCAGUACACCUGGAGCUGGUCCUCUCAUGACUGCUGUUGAGCAGCGUGCCCGCGGUCAAGACGCGCCAACGAAGCGCCUGGUGUUGACGCUUAACACACAGACGCCUCAGCCAAUUCUGCCCAAGCACAUGAAGAAGCUGAAGUUCCUUGACAUUGAUGCCACUGAGUUUGCUCGGCAGCUGACCAUCAUCGAGUCGAGGCUCUAUGGCAAGAUCAGGCCGACCGAGUGCUUGAACAAGACGUGGCAAAAGAAGCUGGAACCGGGCGAGCCUGACCCAGCUUCCAAUGUCAAGGCGCUGAUCUUGCAUUCCAACCAGCUCACAAAUUGGGUUGCACAGAUGAUUCUUACACAGCAAGAUGUGAAGAGGAGAGUGGUGGUAAUCAAACACUUUGUCACCGUCGCCGACAAAUGCCGUCAAAUGAACAACUUUUCGACCCUCACCUCCAUCAUCUCUGCAUUGGGUACAGCUCCUAUCCACCGUCUGAACAGGACAUGGACUGCAGUCAAUGCUCGUACCAUGGGCACUCUGGAGAACAUGCGGAGACUCAUGGGCAGCACGAAGAAUUUUGCCGAGUACAGAGACACGUUGCACAAGGCCAACCCUCCCUGCAUUCCUUUCUUCGGUGUCUACCUGACCGAUUUGACCUUCAUCGAGGACGGUAUCCCUGGCUUGAUCAAAAAGACCAACCUUAUCAACUUCGCCAAGCGCGCCAAGACGGCCGAGGUCAUUCGAGACAUCCAGCAGUACCAGAACGUGCCAUACCCACUGCAGCCGGUGCCGGAGCUGCAGGAUUACAUCUUGACAAACAUGCAGUCGGCAGGCGACGUACACGAGAUGUACGACAUGAGUUUGGCGGUGGAGCCUCGGGAGCGUGAAGACGAGAAGAUAGCGAGGUUUGUAGAGCCCCGAAGAAGCACCUACGUGGGCAGAAGGGCACGCUAACUUGAAGAUGCAGACUUCUAUCUGAGUCAGGAUUCCUAUGAUGAUACCCCUUGAAGCAUUUUUGUAGCUGGC